UGCCGAUACUUCCCAGGAUUGAUCAACAACUGAACCUAGUUCAACCUACACUACAUCUGCUACUCAAGCGAAGCAUAGUCUGAGCUGUUCCGAUUCAAUAAACAUACAACAUUUUACGCGGAACUGUUUUGGUUGCGGUAGUAAGUUUGCUGUGAGGGUUUAUAUUCGAUUGUAGGAAUCAUGGAAUAGCAGCACUGCUCUCUGCAUCCAUGAACUGUGUGUCAUAAAGUUCUCGGUCACGGCAUGUCCUCUCUGUGCUGGGUUUUUUGAUGGGGCUUUUAAGGUUAAAGAUGCCGCCGAAGUUUCAGCUCCUGGCUCUGUUGGCCUUCGCCAUUGCGAUGAUCUUUUUGGAAAACCAAAUUCAGAAGCUCGAGGAGUCACGGGGGAAGCUGGAACGAGUCAUUGCCAGACAUGAGGUACGAGAGAUUGAGCAACGGCACAUUCAAGACGGGGCAAAGGGGGCCCUGGUAGAGGAGGACGAUUUGGUGGUCAUCUACAACCGAGUGCCCAAAACAGCCAGUACCUCCUUCACCAACAUCGCCUACGACCUGUGCAACAAGAACCACUACCAUGUGCUGCACAUCAAUACCAGCAAAAACAAUCCCGUCAUGUCUCUUCAGGAUCAGGUACGGUUUGUAAAGAAUGUGACGUUAUGGAAGGAGAUGAAGCCUGCGUUCUACCAUGGACAUGUUUCCUUCCUGGACUUCACCAAAUUUGGAGUGAAGAAAAAGCCUAUUUACAUAAAUGUUAUCCGGGACCCUAUUGAGCGUCUGGUGUCUUACUAUUAUUUCCUGCGCUUCGGUGAUGACUACAGACCAGGUCUGCGACGCAGAAAGCAAGGGGACAAAAAGACGUUUGAUGAGUGUGUAGCUGCUGGAGGAUCUGACUGUGCUCCAGAGAAACUGUGGCUUCAGAUUCCCUUCUUCUGUGGUCAUUACUCUGAGUGCUGGAACAUUGGCAGCAAAUGGGCUUUGGAGCAAGCCAAAUACAACCUGGUGAAUGAAUACAUGUUAGUUGGAGUGACGGAGGAGUUGGAAGACUUUGUUAUGAUGUUGGAGGCGGCACUUCCUCGCUUUUUUAAGGGGGCCACAGAGCUCUAUCGGACAGGGAAGAAAUCGCACCUAAGGAAAACGAGCGAGAAGAAGCCGCCCACCAAAGAGUCUAUAGCCAGACUGCAACAGUCAGACAUCUGGAAAAUGGAGAAUGAGUUUUAUGAGUUUGCACUAGAGCAGUUCCAGUACGUUCGGGCUCACGCGGUGAGAGAAAAAGAUGGAGAACUGUACCUACUGGCACAGAACUUUUUCUAUGAGAAAAUCUACCCAAAGACUACCUGAGACUCAGCGGUGCUCCAUAACACAUUAUGCUGUGGUCAGAAACACUGGAGGGAGGGCGCCAUCCAUUCUGCCCGACUGUUCUCCAUCUGGAUGUGUGCAUUUAGAGCAACUGAAACUAGUCCGUGCCACAGGGAAGAGUCUUGCAGCCAAAUAGCUGUCAAGCGCUCUAUCCCCCCAAUACAUAUCAUUUUGAAGAAAGCUUAAAAGCUCUCUAAUGAGCUUUAAAAGUGACUGAGGUCUUGUUCUUGUCGUUAUUCAAGACAACCAUCACCUUUCUGCAAUAGGGAUUUGAUACAGGUGCUGCCACAUUUCAGAACGUUUUGUUAUUGGAUUUAUUUAAUGCGUAUAUGGUUAUAGUUUUUUGGGAGUUUUUACAUCUUCAAAGUACAGAUGACUACUAAACAUUCUUAUCAAGCUGACAAAGUCAUUUUUUCCAAUAUAGUAAAAUGAGGAAUACUUUAUUUCUUGGACUUUCAUAAGGCUAUUUAUGGGAUUUAUUGGAAAAACACAGAUGUGGAUGUACUUCACAUGGUUAAAAACGCAUCAUAUAUCUUGUCUUUGAAAUACCAGAAACAAUUCUGCACAUUUUUCGGUUUGCCAUUUUUAAAACAGAACCUUCUGCUUGGGGUUCAGUCUUGCAUUUUUUCAGCAAUUGCAGAUAAUAUAUUUUUUAUCUACAAAUAUAUGUAAAUACUAGUCAUUACAGUUACAGCUGGACCAAAACAUUUAAAAAUGGGAGGAUAAAGAAUUGAAGAUGAAAUGUUUAUCUGCAUGUGGAUCAGUGUACUGUUACUUGUUUUUGUUUUAAUUUGCUGUUUAUAUAUUUUAUGACUGAAUUAUCAUGUUUUUUUAAUGUAGUUUAAACAUACUUUGUUUCUCGUGGCAACAUACCAUUUGUCUGCUGCUUUGAUUUAGAGAUCAUGGACUUUAAAUGUGUUCAAUGAAAGAAAGACUCUAAAUUCAGCGAGAUUGUGCCUUUUUUUCCCUCUAACACAGAGCUGUUAUUACAGCCAGUGUAAAUAUGACUUGAUAUCUCGGCAUAUGAAUAGGUGAGGAGUUGUUUUACAACGUGAAAUGUAGGUACAGUUGCAUAGAUUGCCAUUAUUAACAUCAAUGUGGAAAUAGGCAGCCAUCAUGUGAAAUUGCUUGCCUUGUUGAUGGUACUACAAGACGAACUGAUGUUUUUUUGAAAAUGGAAAUGUGUCUGUACAAUUCUAGUGUUUAAAUGUACAGGAUCUUUACUAAACACACAUUUGUGCAUGAAAUGGGUGCUGGAUUGCACAUUUGCCCUUAAAAUCUCCAAGACAAAAUAUCAGUAGAACAGUAGGUCUUUGUGACAAAUUCUCCCUUGCUACAUAAAAAAAUGUUUUGACAAUGUACAGGUUCUUUUAGAUGGUUUUAGAGCAUCAAAACCAAUCUGUACUGUAUGUGAAACACUAGAGUAACCUGUGCAUAUGAAAUAUAUAUCGGUUUUAAUAUUUCUCUUUUCUUUCACAGUGACACCAUGUGAGCCUGUAUUUGCUCUGUUCUUUGGUUGUUGUUUUUUUUGUUUCGUUUUUUCAUUUCAAAUUAAUGAGCCUCCAGGAGCUUUGCUCUUUCCUGCUGACAUU